UUCAACUAAGAAUAAUAAGUCAUAUAUUUUGCAAUUCUCCUAAAAUGUUUUAGUACCCUCGAACCGCAACUUAAGUUGGUGGCCUUUUCAAAAAUGUUUAAGAUAUUUGUGUUACUUAACAUUUUGCAAGCCGUUUAUAGUUCGCGUCCUUUUGUCAUUGGCAUUGAUACAUUGCGUUAUGAAUUUAAUACCAAUCUUACCAAAUCAAUGACUCUACAAUUAUUGGAAAAUGGAAGGCGUAACAAAAUAAGAGGAAAUUUUUCCUAUGCUGUUGAUCUAUAUGAGUUCAGUAUCAUCAGUUGGGCUCACAUACUUCGAAACAAUGGACAACGUCCCGUUUUGUAUAACAUCACCAUCGAUGGUUGUGAAUUUCUGGAAAAUGCUCUCGGAAAGGCCAAUCCUAUAUUUGGUGGAAUUAUGAAAAAUGUUAGGAAUUUUAUACCAGAACUACCGCCCAAAUGUCCUGUACGAAAGGUUAGUUGGUUUGUCUACGACAAUUAA